AUGAUUCAAUUAAAGGUCAGCCAGUUUCCUCCCGAUACCGAUACAACAAUGAUGAAUUGCAUCGACAACUCGGGGGCGGCCAUCGUCGAAUGUGUCAAGGUCAUGCGAAUGAAGCGCCAUGCGAAAAUCGGCGAUCGCGUUAUCGUGGUUGUGCAGAAGCAGCGAAACUUCUCAGAGUCGGGACCCGGAGCAAGCGUCUCGACGUCGGCGGCGAACAAGGUGCGGAGAGGAGACAUCCGACACGCCGUUGUGGUCCGGACGGCGAAGAAGCUGCAGAGGCCGGAUGGGAGCGUGGUCAAGUUCGACGACAAUGCGUGUGUGUUGAUCAACAAGGCGGGAGAGCCGAUAGGAACGAGGCUGAAUGGGGUGGUUGGUGUGGAAUUGAGGAAGAUGAAGUGGUCCAAGAUCCUGUCCUUGGCCCCGAUGCACUUGUAA